AUGGCCAUCGGGUGGAAGGGGAAGGGGAAGGCGGCGUUGAGCAAGAGCUGGCAGGAGUCGAAGCUGCUGUGGCACAUCGCCUUCCCGGCCAUCCUCACGGCCGUCUUCCAGUUCUCCAUCGGCUUCGUCACCGUCGGCUUCGUGGGCCACAUCGGCUCCGUCGAGCUCGCCGCCGUCACCGUCGUUGAGAACGUCAUCGAAGGUUUCGCCUACGGAGUCCUGCUGGGCAUGGGCAGCGCGCUGGAGACGCUGUGCGGUCAGGCGGUGGGGGCUGGCCAGGUGUCCAUGCUGGGCGUGUACAUCCAGCGGUCCUGGAUCAUCUGCGGCGCCACCGCGGUGGUCCUCACCCCGACGUACCUCUUCACGGCGCCCAUCCUCCGCGCGCUCCGGCAGCCCGGCGACGUCGCGCGCGUGGCCGGAACCUACGCGCGCUGGGUGCUCCCGCAGCUGCUCGCGUACGCCGCCAACUUCCCGCUGCAGAAGUUCUUCCAGGCGCAGAGCCGGGUGUGGGUGGUCACCGCCAUCUCGGGCGCCGGGCUCGCCGCCCACGUGGUCCUCAACUACGUCUUCGUCGCGCGGUUGGGGCAUGGACUCCUCGCCGCCGCCGCCGUCGGGAACGUCACCUGGUGGCUCAUCAUCGUCGCGCAGGUGGGGUACCUCGUCUCCGGACGCUUCCCGGAGGCGUGGCAAGGGUUCUCCAAGCUCGCGUUCCACAACCUCGCCGCCUUCGUCAAGCUGUCGCUUGCGUCCGCCGUCAUGCUCUGCUUGGAGCUGUGGUACUACUCUGCGGUGCUCAUCCUUGUGGGUUUCCUAAAGAACGCACAGCUUCAGAUUGACGUCAUGUCCAUUUGCAUCAAUUACCAGCUGUGGACGCUCAUGGUUGCACUGGGCUUCAACGCAGCAGUGAGCGUGAGGGUGUCCAACGAGCUUGGCGCGAACCGGCCCAAGGCGGCCAAGUUCUCAGUGAUCGUGGCGGUGCUGACGUCGGGCUCCAUCGGCGCCGUCUUCCUCGUCGUCUUCCUCGCCUGGAGGACGGGGCUGCCGCGCUUCUUUAGCGAGGACGGCGACGUGCUGAGGGAGGCCUCCAGGCUGGGCUACCUCCUCGCGGGCUCCAUCUUCCUCAACAGCAUCCAGCCGGUGCUCUCGGGCGUGGCCAUCGGGGCAGGGUGGCAGGCGCUCGUCGCCUUCGUCAACAUCGGCAGCUACUACUUCGUCGGCAUCCCGCUGGCGGCGCUCUUCGGAUUCAAGCUAAGCAUGGAUGCGAUGGGGAUUUGGUUGGGCAUGACGCUGGGAACUCUGCUUCAGACGGCAAUCCUAGUGUUCAUUUCGUACAGGACCAAGUGGGAGAAACAGGCUAUGCGGGCCGAAGAGAGGGUGAGGGAGUGGGGAGGGAGGGGCGACGCCCUGCCGUCGGCGACGCAGGUCGCGCCGGCGGUCCAAGAUGCGGCGGAUCCAUCAUCAAAUGCUACUCCUAUCUGA